AAGAAGAGUGGGCUAUUGAAACUUCUAGCAGGAGCAUCAACAAAAAAGAAGUCACGUUCCCCACCGUCUGUGUCUCCCACUCAUGAUGCCCAGACAGCCAUCGAAGGAGUUCUGCAAGGGGCAGUGGGACCUGAGCUCUCCUCCCUCUCCAGCCACGGCAGAGCUGGCUCAUGCCCUAUCGAGAGUGAAAUGCAAGGAGCCAUGGGGCUGGAGCCUCUGCACAGGAAAACAGGCUCCUUGGAUUUGAAUUUUUCUAUCCCUUCUCCUGCCAGACCACCCCUCUCUUCCAUGGCAGCUAUUCGGCCAGAGCCCAAGCCUUUGCCCCGGGAAAGGUACCGCGUUGUGGUCCCAUACCCUCCGCAGAGCGAGGCCGAGAUCGAACUGAAGGAAGGUGACAUUGUGUUUGUGCACAAGAAACGGGAGGAUGGCUGGUACAAAGGGACAUUGCAGAGGAACGGCAGGACGGGCCUCUUCCCCGGGAGCUUUGUCGAGAGCUUCUGAGGACAAAUCGUCGCUCUCUCAACUGAGGAGUUUUCAGGGGAAACUGCAUAGCACAAGAAGAGACAGCAAACAGAGACUGGACUGAUAACCACUGCCAUUUGUAUUUCCAAAGACUUCCCCCAGGCCCUUCAGUCUGCAGGUCUGGAGACACAGUGCCCAGCUGUGCUCCCGGGACCACGUGCGGUGCAUACGGUGGUAUGUUGAAGUAGUGCCUUCCACCUGGAAUCACAGACUGAAAGGACACCCAUCUGGACUGUAGUAACCUAAACUCUGGCUGUUAACCCUUUGUGUAAAUUAUAGAGAAGAUAUCUUUAAAAAA